AUGCUGACCGAUUCGAGAGGGGCGGCAAUGGUGGACAAGGCAUUGUCGAUACUGUCGGUGCUAUCGAGCAACACUGAAGCGAAAGCGGCGAUCGUGAAGGUGAGCACGAUCCCGGUGCUGAUCGAUCUGUUGAGGACCGGGCAGCCGAGGGGGAAGGAGAACGCGGCGGCGAUAUUGCUGUCGCUGUUUUUGGAGAAGAAGGAAAGGCUGUGA